AUGCCUGGCCAACGGGACAGCAUUGAAGACCCUCGGUCGGAGGCGUCCAAGAGAGAGGACAUUGUUCCGCGCGGCGAUUACAGGUCUUCACCCCCCGGAAAGCUUACCUUCUUUGUGCUCCGCAGCCUCGAACCUGUUCUCCAGUACUCGAUCUUAGCGCAUGGUUUCGGCACAUCCGUUUUGCACCGCGUGGGACUACGAACACUACCGAGCGGGCUGCCUGCGCAAACGGUUGGCUCGGUGGUCAAGCAGAACAUCUGGGUCACAACACUAUCUAGGGACCCGAUGACAGUAGAUGCGGCGGUUGCGAUAGCGAUGCUCAAUGCGGCGUCGAAUAGUCUGAGCACAUAUGCCUUUGUCACUUCUGUUUCGUCGGCCUCGAAUGAAGGGGACUUUCCACAGCCGGCGCUACUUAUUGGGAGCACGCUUUACGUAGCUGGUCUCUUGACGGAGCUUGUUGCGGAGAUUCAGCGCGCACGGUUUAAAGCUGAUCCAAACAACAAGGGUAAGGUGUGUACGGGGGGCCUGUGGAGUUUGGCGCGGCACAUCAACUACGGAGGAUACAUGAUGUGGAGAGCGGGAUAUGCAAUGGCCGGAGGAGGAUACGGGCUGGGUGCCUUGGUCGCAGCCUUUUGGGCCUGGGAUUUCAGCCAGCGGGCUAUUCCCGUUUUGAGCGAGUAUUGCGAGAAGCGGUACGGUGCGCAGUGGGAGUCAUAUAGGCAGAAGACGCCGUACAAGCUGAAUCCCUACGUCUAUUAG